AGACGUCAAAUAACGACCCAUCCUUCGGCCGGUCGACGAGCUUGCCAAUUCCCAGUUCAGCCUCUUUGGCAUUUCUGCUGAAGCCCGACGAGCUCUAGUGUCUGGCGACUCUUCACAACAUUCCCGCUCCAUUCAAGCUCCACCUUCACUUGUGACCAUGGGAUCGCUCAUCUGGGACGCCGAGAACCGAUGGGUCGGCAAGCAGCCGUGGUGGAAGGAUGCCACCUUCUAUCAAGUCUACCCGGCGAGCUUCAAGGACUCGAACGGCGAUGGAUGGGGCGAUCUUCCCGGCCUCAUUUCUGAGAUUGACUACCUCAGCGACCUCGGCGUCGACGUCGUCUGGGUGUCGCCCAUUUUCGAGAGUCCCCAGAAGGACAUGGGCUACGACGUGUCAGACUACCAGAAGAUCUACGCGCCGUAUGGCACGAUUGAAGACGUCGAUACUCUGCUUGUGGAAUGCCACAAAAGGGGACUCAAGGUCAUCCUCGACCUCGUCGUCAACCACACCUCGAUUGAGCACGAAUGGUUCAAGAGCUCAAGGUCAUCAAAGGACGACCCGAAGAGAGACUGGUACAUCUGGAAACCAGCUCGCUACGACGAGAACGGCGUGCGCCACCCGCCGACAAACUGGCGAGGGUACUUUGCCGGUCCGACAUGGACGUGGGAUGAGCACACGCAGGAGUACUACCUGCACCUCUACGCGCCAGACCAGCCGGAUCUGAACUGGGACAACGACGAUUGCCGCGAAGCCAUCUACGACAACACGAUGCGCUUCUGGCUGGACCGCGGCGUGGACGGGUUCCGCAUCGACACGGUCAACAAGUACUCCAAGCGACGGGACUUUGUCGACGCUCCCAUCACGGACCCGGCUUCGUCCCACCAGCCGGCUCCGGAGAUGUGGUGCAACGGACCGCGCAUCCACGAGUUCAUCCACGAGAUGCACCACAAGGUUCUCGGCCCCUACAACGCCGUCUCUGUGGGAGAGCUGUCCCUCACACCUCACCCUUCGCAAGUCAUCCCAUACGUCUCUGCGGCGGCCAAGGAGUUGGACAUGGUGUUUGAAUUCACCAUGAUCCGGCUCGGCAACGGGAACGGCUUCGGGGAUAAAUACAUCUACCAGCCGUUUCCUCUUUCCACACUCAAGGCCGUCACUCACAAGUGGCAGAGCUUCAUCGAGGGCACCGACGCGUGGGCGACGGCAUUCUGCGAGAACCACGACAACGGCCGAGCCGUGAAUCGCUUCGGAGAUGCCUCGACGCCCGAGUGGUGGCUCAAGUCCAGCAAGACCAUUGCGCUCUGGCAGGCCACGCUCACGGGCACGCUGUUUCUGUACCAGGGCCAGGAGAUUGGCAUGACCAACAUGCCCAAGUCCUGGGGCAUCGAAGAGUACAAGGACAUUGAGAGCAACAAUUUCUACGCCGAGGCCGUCGAGUCGGGCGAUGAGAAGCGCGUCCAGGCUACGAUGCAUGGCCUGCAGAUAAUGGGCCGCGAUCAUGCCCGGAUUCCGUUCCAGUGGGACGACUCUGCCAACGCGGGCUUCACGAGUGUCGGCGCGAAGCCGUGGAUGCGGGUGCACGACGAAUACAGAGAAAUCAACGUCGUGAAGCAAACCAAGGAUACAAACUCCAUCCUGAACUUUUACAAGCACGCUCUGAAAAUGCGGAAGCAGUACCGGGACUUGUUCGUCUUUGGCUCGUUCAAGCUGCUGGACCCGAGUGACGAGUCUGUCUUUGCCUACAUCAAAGAAAGCCCCGCGCCAGUUAAUGGCCAGGAUGGAGUAAAGAGACGCGCCGUGGUCCUUCUCAACAUGUCUCAGGAAGAGAGGCUCUGUUUGGAUGUUUGCAAGGCGUUGGGUUGUGCACCUGCUGAGACACACCUGCUUCUUAGUACAACGGCACAGAGUGGAGGUCUGAAGGGAGGCCGGCCGACACUGGCAGGAUGGGAGAGCAGGGUUUAUGUUAAUUUUUGUCUUUAGUAGAGAAUCUACGUCGGUCGUUGUCCUGAGUCGUGGGCCGUCGCGCCUUGCUCUGUUAUACCGGGCCCGGGUCGCUUUUAAUUGAUCGUUAUUCGGCUUAUAAGAGCCUGUUCUGAAGACAGUUCCCGGAUGCUUUAAUUACUGAGUUUAUUUGGUCUUCGUUAGAAUUUGUUCAAGUCAACCCAUUUCGUUGCUUCAUCGAUCACCAAAUAGGUACCGGCAGUCCUAAACGUUUCCAUAUCUACAGCCCCAAUAUGAAUACGAGCUCACCU